UGCAUCACAUUGCUGACUCAAGUUCAAUUUGUGAUCUACUGAGACUCCCAGAUCCCUUUCAUGUGUACUGUUGUCAAGCCCAGUGUCUCCCAUCUGUGUGUUUCAUUUUUUUUCUGCCUAACUGUAGCAUCAUACAUUUCUCCCCGUUGAAAUUCAUUUUGUUCAUUUUGACCCAGCUCUGUAAUCUGUCCAGGUAAUUUUGAAUUCUGACCCUGUCCUCUGGUGUAUUGGCUACUCCUCCUAACUUGGUGUCAUCUGCAAAUGUGAUUAGCUUGCCCUCUGCUCCAUCAUCCUGCGGGACCCCACUAGUCACUUCUCUCCAGGAUGAAGAUGAGCCAGUGGUGAGCACCCUUUGGGUUCAGUCAGUCAAAUGAUUACCAGUCCAUUUCACAGUAGCUUUGUCUAGCCCACAUUUCACUAGCUUGCUUGCAAGAAUGUCCUGGGGGACCUUGUCCAAGGCUGCUGCACUGAUGUCUUCCGAAGUCUUUGUGAAUCAUGGCUUUGGGAGUGUUUUUGUUUGCUUGUUUUCCCUUCUCAGGAGAGGAGACUGCAGUAGCGGGGUUUGAUAUUGCCAAGCUGCUUCCUGACAACCUCAGUUCCUAUUUCCGCUACAAUGGCUCAUUGACCACCCCUCCUUGCUAUCAGACAGUGAACUGGACUAUCUUUAACCAAACGGUUCUUCUGUCACACGAGCAGAUCUCAGUGCUGGAGGACAGUCUUCUUGGGGAGCAGGAGGAGCUCAUCCAAGACAACUUCCGCCUGCCCCAGAGUCUGAACGACCGGCCGGUGCUGGCCAGUUUCCUGAUUCCCCCUGCGCCCUCAGUUGCUGAGCAGCCAGAUGCUGGCAAGCAGGUGAACUCCUCACUCAGCACAGGGGACUUGCUGGCCAUCCUGUUUGGGACUCUCUUCGGGGUCACAGCCAUCGCCUUCGUCCACUAUGUCCGGAAGCACCAGAGCCAGAACCAGAGGCACGACGCCCAAGCAGCCAAACCCAGCAUCAUCUAUGUGCCAGCCACCACUGAGGAGCUCACAGGCCAGGACACGUGAGAGCCAAGCCUGUGGACCGCUCCGCCCUGCCCCACGUGAGACACUCCAGCUUCUCCCAUCGUCAGGCCCCUGCCCACCCCUCAGCCACCUGGGAAGCAUCCAUCCCACGUGCUCACAGACUGGUCCACAGCAGCCACACGAGGACCUGGCCGGAAUGGGCCUGGCUUCAGCCUCUGGCUGUCGGCCCAAACAAUAUCGAGGGGGGGACCAGCAAACCCCUCCCCGCUUCUCCAAGGCUCUUGUGGAUGACAGCUGGCCCUCUCAUGUGGAGUGGGCAGGCAGACCGGCAGCCCACAGGAAGAGUGUUGUUGGUUGCCAGCAGUGGUUCCUAUCCCGGCUCUCACAGGAUGGAGCCCCCGCUCUCUCCAGAGGAAGGGGGUCUCCAAGCACCCCCUGGGGCCAUCUGCCAGUGACCCUCCUGCUGUUGGGGAGGCUGGGGGCGCAUUUGCUCGGCAAGAGCAAUGGGAGCCUGAGGUACAGGAGAGCCUGCUGGGACCUGGAGAGGCCAAGAAGCAGAUUGGUACUUGGGGGGAGGGGGCAUGUGUGCGGGGGAGGAGCAUGGCU